AUGUCGUCCGAUAAGGUGUCGCCCAUAUCGCCCUCGAAAAGUCGCAGGCAAUUGCGCGAACGUAAACAACGGAAGCUCUAUUCGGAGGAGUGGACGCUCGGCGACGAUGACUACGAGGGAGCUCGAGGGUUCAGCGUGGCCGAGAAGCUGGAGUCGCCCCGCUUCGCCCAGUCCGGGAUGGUGCGUGAGAUGAAGGGCGAAAAUUUGACCGUUGGGUUUCUGCAACAGAAUGGCUUCAACAUACCGCUGCUGUUUAAGGAGAAAACCGGUCUGGGGCUGCAGGUACCGUCGGCGAACUUCUCGAUCGCCGACGUGCGCACUUGCGUCGGUUCGCGCCGCAUGCUGGACGUGAUGGAUGUCAACACGCAGAAGAACGUCGAGAUGACGAUGAAGGACUGGGAAAAGUACUACGAGGAUCCGGUCAAGAAGAAGCUGCUGAACGUAAUUUCGCUCGAGUUUUCGCACACCCGCCUGGAGAACUACGUCCAGAGUCCGGCGAUCGUGCGCCAGAUCGACUGGGUGGACGUGGUGUGGCCGAAGCAGCUUAAGGAGUCCCAGGUCGAGUCGACCAACCUGCUCAACGACAUGAUGUACCCGAAGGUGCAAAAGUAUUGCCUGAUGUCGGUGAAAAACUGCUACACAGACUUUCACGUCGACUUCGGGGGCACCUCGGUCUGGUACCACAUACUGCGCGGCAGCAAGGUGUUCUGGUUGAUUCCGCCGACCGAAAAGAACCUGCAGCUGUACGAGAAGUGGGUCCUGUCGGGCAAACAGUCGGAUGUGUUCUUUGGCGAUACGGUGGAAAAGUGUGCCCGCGUCUAUCUGACGGCCGGCAACACGUUCUUCAUACCGACCGGCUGGAUUCACGCCGUCUACACGCCGACCGAUUCGCUCGUGUUCGGUGGCAACUUUCUGCAUUCGUUCGGCAUUGUCAAGCAGCUGAAGAUCGCGCAGGUCGAGGACAAUACGCGGGUGCCGCAAAAGUUCCGCUAUCCGUUCUUCACCGAGAUGCUGUGGUACGUGCUGGCCAAGUACGUUUACACGCUGCUCGGCCACUCGCACUUGGUGGGCGAACCUGGCCGCGAGCACGAGCUCGUCGGCAAACCGCACGUCCACCUGACGCACUACGAACUGUUCGGGUUGAAGGACAUCGUGAUGUACUUGUACGAUCUACCGGCCCAGCGCAAGAAUGUGCCGGAGCUGAUACGCGAUCCGGUGGCGGUGAUCAAGGACGUUCGAACGCUCGUCGAGCGGCACUGUCGGGAUUUGCCGGAGAUGGCGGUUACCGGGGUGCCGGUACUGCACCCGGAUUUGAACGUGAGCAAUAAUGCGUACAUUCGGGAGCACUACGAAUACUACUCCGGCGAUGGGGCCGGUGGUGAAGGUGGAAAUCGAACCACCGACAAUGAGGAGCAGGAACGGGGCGCCGUCGCGGAUGGGGAUACCGAGGGAGAUAGCCGGCGCGAGGACAUGGUACGAAAUCGCGAAGAGAGUAGAGUGCCGGAGAACGGCAGAAAUGGAAUCGUGGCCGGUGCUUCUGCCGAUGGGCCGCGUUCGCUACCGUUUGGAGGGAAUCCGCAGGAGCAACACCAACCUCGUCAAAUUAUCAUCAACAGUGGCGCCUCCGGUGGGGGUUCUCUAGAACCCGCAUCCGCAGGAGCAGCAAGUCGACUGACCACCGACGCUCAGCACGCAACACAGGACCACAACACUGCUCCUCAGCAACAGCACACUCCAAACCAUUCCCAAAAUCGCCAUAACCACGUGCUGCAGCGGAAGGACUUCGGCGACGGUACCGGGGCCGGCAGAGAGCCCGAAUCUACCCACCGAUCGCCACCGAUCGGAAGCUCUAACGGUGGUACGACGAUGGGGCCACCAUCCAGACAAAACCAUCAUCAUCAUCACCACCAUCAGCAGCAGCAUCAGGGGCCGCAUUACAACAAUGAUGACGAUCGGAACUUUGUCUCGCCCCAACCGGCGGUGGGUAGCGGUAACCACCGCCUAACGUCCGGUAGUGGCGGUGUGAUGGGAAGCGGUGGUCGCGGCCCGUACAAGAAGCACGGUCACACCGGUGGCGGACAUAACGGUGGUACGGGCGCGAUAGGUGGUAGUGGUGAAAAGCGUGAAUCUGGUGGCGGUGGUGGAGGCAAUAAUGGACCGCGACGGCGACGGACACGAUGUAAGAACUGUGAAGCUUGUCAGCGGUCCGACUGUGGUGAGUGCAGCUUCUGUCUCGAUAUGGUCAAGUUUGGUGGACCGGGUCGGGCGAAGCAGACGUGCAUGAUGCGCCAGUGUCUGCAGCCGAUGCUGCCAGUGACGGCCCAGUGUAUCCACUGCCAGCUGGACGGGUGGCGUCAGGCACCGAUUACCGCUCCGGCCCAGGCAAAGCAGCACGCCCAACUGCAGGAGGGACCGUCGGCGCUGAUGGAGUGUUCGGUGUGCUACGAAAUUUCACACCCGGACUGUGCGCAACGGGUUGCGCCCGAGGUGCACGGUAUCGUGAACGACGAUCUCCCCAACAGUUGGGAGUGCCCGACGUGCUGCAAAUCGGGCAAAAAUACCGACUACCGACCACGUCACUUCCGAGCGCGGCAAAAAUCUUCCGAAAUUCGUCGAAUAUCCGUGAGCAGCGACGCGUCGUCGGUGCACAACGUGGAAAUGGGCCGGAUAGGUGGUGCUGGCGUUGUCGGUAACCACAGCAACACCCAUGGCAGUGGCGGAGAAGGCGAUCCGGCGGGAACCGCGGGCAGUGGCAUGGGUAACGUUCCCGCUCCGAGGGGUCCGCGCUUCCAGAACGAUAUGUUGUACGAUUUUGCCGUCUCCGGAAGUGCGGUGAUCGUCGGAGGAAACGGUGGUAACAUUUUGUUCGAACGCAAGCCAAAGAUUAAGGACGAAGACGUGUCGAGUGGCUCCGAGAACGAUGGUGGAGCGGGUGGAAAAAAGGCACAUCUUCAUGCCAUGAACUCGUCGGCCACCAGCGCGUCGGCGAUAAAGCUCGAAAUAAAAGAUGAACCGAUGGAUCAUCAGGGACAGCAGCAGCAGCAUCUGGCGUACGGCAACCAUCACGCCACGAGCGUUAUCAAAGACGGACGCGAGCUUCAGAAUCAGUUCCAUGGUACGCCGAACACCACCGGUGGUGGGCCUCCUGUCAAACGGCGGAAGAGUGAAGAAAAUGGUGGACUACAUGGGAAUCACAAUAACCACAGUGCGACGGGUGCCGCCGGUUCUGGGGGCCCGCUUGGCGCGGAUGGACACGAUGCGAAGAACAGCUAUUCGCUUCCGCGGAAGAAGUCUUCGCAGCGAAUGCAACUGGCCCAUCAGAUCCACAGCACGUCGACGAAACCGAUGAAGAAACCGUUGUACCCGAUUCGACCGGCAGCGGUCACGCACGCAUCCUCUGCGUCCCAGCAGGGAAACUACGCACUGGACGCGACCUGUAUGUUGGCUGUGUUCCGUUUCCUACCACCGGAAACGCUCGUCACGUGCGCCAGUGUGUGCAAAACUUGGUCCAACAUUGCCGUCGACCCGGCGCUCUGGAAGCGCAUGAGCUGCGCCGAGUACAAACUGACCCCGAACCUCCUCUCGGCCAUCGUGCGCCGGCAGCCGGAACACCUGAUCAUGGACUGGAUCGGGCUGGGCAAGCGGCAGGUUACGUGGCUUAUUUCGCGCAUUCCCGGCCUCAAGAAUCUCUCGCUGCAGGGCACGCACAUUCAGGCGGUGCUCGGUUUACACAGCUGCAUGUGUCCACCGCUGCAGGUGCUCGAUCUAAGCUUCAUCGCUGGGUUAAACGAUUUCGCUAUCCGUGAGAUUCUGUCCCCACCGAAAGAUUCGCGGCCCGGGCUGGCCGACUCCAAGUCCCGGCUGCGCAAUCUCAAGAUGCUGAAGGUGGCUGGUGCCGACAUUUCGGACGUCGCCCUGCGCUACAUCACGCAGGGACUCCCCAAUCUGACCCACCUAGAUCUGAGCUCGUGCCAGCGCAUCACGGAUGCGGCCAUCGCCCAGAUCGGCACUUCGUCGGCCGCCAUCAAAACGCUGGUGGAGCUCGAUCUGAGCUGCUGCAAGCUGAUCACCGAGCUAUCGCUCGAUCAUCUCGCAAAGUGUGAUGCACUCACCCGGCUUGAUCUCAGCCACGUGCCGCAAGUAUCGACGCAGGCCGUCAUUAAGUUUGCCUCGACCUCCAAGAACGACCUGCAACUGCACGACAUCAAGCUGGUGGACAAACGGAAAGCGCCCUCGCAGCCCCAGCCGAUACCAUCAACGUCAUCUACGACACAGCUACCGCCACAGUAA